UCCCGAGCGAGGAGGGGCUGAGCUUCCAGGCCAGCCGGCAAUAUGGCGGAGGCGGAAGGGGAGAGCUUGGAGUCCUGGCUGAACAAAGCCACCAACCCGCUGAACAGACAAGAAGACUGGGAAUAUAUCAUUGGCUUCUGUGAUCAGAUCAACAAAGAACUUGAAGGUCCACAGAUAGCUGUGAGGCUACUGGCUCAUAAAAUCCAAUCUCCACAGGAAUGGGAGGCAGUCCAGGCCUUGACAGUAUUAGAAGCUUGUAUGAAAAACUGUGGCCGAAGAUUUCAUAAUGAAGUGGGGAAGUUUAGGUUUUUAAAUGAGCUGAUCAAAGUUGUGUCUCCCAAGUACCUGGGAGACAGAGUGUCAGAGAAGGUCAAAACCAAAAUAAUUGAGCUCCUCUACAGCUGGACAGUGGCUUUGCCUGAUGAAUCCAAAAUCAAAGAUGCCUAUUACAUGUUGAAAAGACAAGGCAUCGUUUUGUCUGACCCUGCAAUUCCUAUGGAGAGAACGCUAAUCCCUUCUCCUCCGUCCCGUCCGAAAAACCCUGUGUUUGAUGAUGAGGAGAAAUCCAAGCUUUUAGCUAAACUGUUAAAAAGCAAAAAUCCAGAUGAUUUACAAGAAGCAAACAAACUUAUUAAAUCAAUGGUGAAAGAGGAUGAGGCACGGAUACAGAAAGUAACAAAGCGAAUGCACACCUUGGAGGAGGUAAACAACAAUGUGAAACUGUUGAAUGAGAUGUUGGUUCACUACAGCAAAGAAGAUUCCUCGGAGGCUGACAAAGAACUUAUGAAGGAGCUCUAUGACAGAUGUGAAACCAAGAGGCGGACUUUAUUUAAACUGGCCAGUGAGACGGAGGAUAACGACAGCACCCUCGGAGAAAUCCUACAAGCCAGUGACAACUUAUCACGGGUAAUAAAUUCCUAUAAAAGAAUUAUUGAGGGGCAAGUCAUCAAUGGUGAAGUGGAUAUUUCUGUCCUUCCUACAACAGACAGAAGUGAUACGACCAAUAACAUCAAUACACUUAUUGACUUGGUGGGUUUGGACAUUUCUAGUACUCCACCACCACCACCGCCACCACCAAUGCCUCCUGCCACCCUGACGCCAGCACCAGCUCUAACGCCCGCUCCGGCCUCCUCAGAUAUCCCCAUCCUCCCACCCCCUCCCCAGACAGUGGGUCACUCCCGGAGUCGUUCAUCCAGCCAGGCUGAAGCCACUGCUGCUCAGUUGGACAGUGCGGCCCAUUCCCUCUCCUUGCUGGAUGAGGAACUGCUGUGCUUAGGCUUAAAUGACCCACCACCUAUUCCAGCAAAAGAAUUGACAGAAAAUAGCCAAUGGAACUUGUUCCAGAAUGAGCCUGUAGAUCUGGACUUCUUGAAUCCACAGCCAGUUUCUGUUGCCUGCAACUCUGCUGCAAACCCUCUUCAUCUUUCUGCAUCACAACCCAUGUGUGCAACUUCAGCACCUCUUGCUUCCACAUUCACGGCUCCGCCACCUGUUUCCAGUGUCCCUGUCCUGACCUCAGCCCCUUUCAUAUUCUCAGCUGGACUGCCUUUGGGCCCUUCUAGUACGGUGCCAGCUGCCCCUGGGUACCCUGGCUCUGCUUUGGGAAGCAAUGGUCUGCACAAGAUGGACCCCUUAGGACACCUUCUGGAUGAAAGCAAAGGGACUUCUGUUCAUGGCAAUAUAGGAGCCUCUGUGUUCCAUGCAGGAGUUGUGUUGCCAGCUGCCACAUCUGCACCUUUGGGAACCACAGCAGGAUUUCCAGGCACUGCCCCGGGGGCCCCUGCAAUCGCACAUCCCAGCAGCUGCACCCCUGGGACAGGAAGUCCCCUCUUCCAGCCAGCGUUAUUCCAGCAGCAAGGAAGUCCUCUGAAAGGAUCUGAGAUCUCUUUAGCCAAUGUCCACGUUCCUCUAGAAUCCAUCAAACCUAGCAGUGCUCUUCCUGUGACUGCCUAUGACAAAGAUGGCUUGCGAAUCUUGCUUCAUUUUGCCAAGGAGUGUCCACCUGGGAGACCUGAUGUGUUGGUCGUAGUGGUUUCCAUGUUAAACACAGCACCUCUGCCUAUCAAGAACAUUGUUUUACAAGCUGCAGUGCCAAAGUCUAUGAAGGUGAAAUUGCAGCCACCUUCAGGGACAGAGCUAGCACCAUUCAAUCCCAUCCAGCCCCCAGCUGCUAUCACCCAGGUCAUGCUGCUGGCAAAUCCUAGAAAGGAGAAGAUGAGGCUGAGGUACCGACUGACUUUUGCACUGGGGGACCAACACAACACAGAAGCUGGGGAAGUAGAUCAGUUUCCCCCCAUUGAACAGUGGGGCAACCUAUGACCAAGCGGCACCCAGAAGGGACUGGAAGGAAUGUGAAGUGGAAAGGGCAGAUGCGGUAUCCAUUAGUGAUAUUUAGCUUUGUUUACAUGUCCCGUCUGCUCCACUUGUAGCUUUAGUCCAGAAUGUUCCCUGCACUCUGGGAUGAAGUUGUCUGGGGCAUUAACGCCGAGCAUGACCCUGAAUGGGAGAGCCAAGAACAGGGGCCCGACUCGCUUCCCUACCUUGGCCAAUCUGGUUCAAACUUUCACUUUGAUGAAACUUGAAAUAUGAUACUUCUGGAGAGCUCUGUAUGCAGAAGGGCAGUUUACCGGUCACUCUGUUGGUCCAAAGCCUAUAAAGGGCUAUGAUGCCUUCCUAUGUUCCUUUGGGGCAGAGCCCUAGUAGAUGCUCUUAUGCUCCAUUUUUAACCUCUUGGGUGCCAGAAUUCAGAGCAUCUUGAGGCUUCCUGAGCAAUAACACAGGCUCCAAAAGAGGAAGAUUCUGCCAUCAUCUGACACUCCAUUUUCUUUUUUAGGCAACAUCUCUCCUAAAAGCCAGCACAGUUCCUAAAGGUGAAUAAUCACUAUUUAUUUACUUUCCCACAGGUAAAUAUUAAGGCACACUUCUCAAGCUGUUGCUGCCUUUACGGUUUUUUUGUUUCCUUUUUACUUCAAACUGGAUCAGCAAAGUGUGCUUUCUAGGCAGCUGCUCGGUUUUGUAUGCACACAACUCUAUGGCAGCUCUUCUGCAUUCAACAGUUGCAUUCUCUGUUGUGAGCUAAAACAGGGGUCACAGUGACAGUUUAUGAAUUCCUGAAGUGUGGAGCAUAGAGAUAAAUUAAUAGUGAGAAAGAGGCAUCCAUUCUGAUACAAGUGUUGAUCAGGAUCAGAGGUGGGAACUAGUGUAGUUGGGAUGUUGAUUCUUUUUUCUAAAGACAGUAUUAUUACUUGAGAAAAUAAGAUGUACAUAGAACUCUAGGAAAGUGUCAGGUCUACAGAUAAGGGAAAACAGAAGCCAUGACAAUGCAUGUGCUCAGUUGAUUAUUCUGUUUUAUUCAUUCCAAAUGUUAAGUGGCUAAGUGCAAUUGUCUUCAGGAGGAGAGACCCCUGCGUUGAGACAAAAUGACCUUUCUAAAUAUAUGAGGUGUUCAUGAUUAGGCACAUCUGCCCUAAAGUGGGUAUCUCUGGUUUGGGUCAAGUAGUUGCUUCUUCCUAUUUAUCAAACUUUUGUUUCUCAGUCUAAAUAUUUUUCAAAAACACCAGGGAGAUUGCCAGUAUGAAAUGUAUGUUCUGGUUCUGAGCCAAUCAUUUUACUUGGUUAUGAAGAGGAAGACUUGUGGGACCUAAGUAGGUUAUGAAUUGUUAGAUGAGUAGAUUCCCAACACUCCUUGCUUGCACUAUAUAACUGAAAGCAGAAUUUUUGCUGAAGCUAAGUAAAUGGCAUUGAAAAGGCCCCACAAUCAGCAGCUCUCCAGUUAUUUCUGGAUUUUUUACUUUACACAGAAGUAAUUGAAAAUCACCAGAGUAGCCAGAUAUGUGCACUGGCUUGCUCCCUCACUGGGAUUGAGAUUGUAUUGUUGCAAGGUAAACUGUUAGGGAUGUUUUGGAAGGAUCCGCUUGUGUCCAUAAGUUGCGAGGGGAGCACUGUUGGGGGCUAUGGGGUGCAGGAUGAGUUUUUUGUCUCUUGAUCUGGUCCUUACUAGCAUUUUAAUCUCUCUGCUGUCAGGUUUUUGCUUAGGCUGCUGAAGUCUGCCUCAGUGCCAUUGCCUAUGUGUAGAGAGUAAGUUUCACUGCUAGAGCUAGCAAGUUGCUCUGUGACAGAGAAAACUAUGGAAAGGCACAAGUGCUUUGACAUAAUGGCUUUCUCAAUGUCAGCAGUGCUGUCAUGCCAUACUGUAUAAUCCAGAGGUCCCCAUAGUCUCACUGUGUGAAAAUGUACUGUUAAAAGCUUCAGAAAUUAUUUAUGAAUGUUACUUGUUCAUAGGCUGAAGUUACAGCUUCUUACCAAACACUGAAGACUGUAAAUAUGUCUCCGAACCAUUUGUUUUUCUGCACGUUCAAUAAAACUGCUUUCUUUACUCCA